AUGGCUGAUGCACUAAGUCUUCUUCGUCAAUUUAUAUUUGAAAAUAAAGAAUAUACAAUUGAAAAUGAUCGAUUCGUUUUUAAUGAUCUUGCAUAUCCAAAAGAUAUUAAAACAAAUUAUCUCGUUUAUGGUACUGGUAAAGAUAAUACACCAAAAGAUUAUUAUACACUUGAGAGUAUUGUUUUUCUAUUAAAAAAUGUUGAGUUACAACAUGCAAAUUAUGUCAAAAAAGCGGCAGAGAAAGGUAUUCCCGCUAUAAGUCGGCCAGAUCGUAAAGAUCUUUUAGCUUAUUUAACUGGACAAGCAAAUACAGCUGAUCGAAUCGAUAGAAAUGCUCCCUUGGAAAUCGCUAUGCAACGACCAUUGCAAGUUAAUAAGCGACCAGCAGAAGAUCCUCGUUUGGAUAAUGCAAAAAUGGCUCGAGUUGAAGAUGAUGAUAUGCAAAAAUUAAAAGAUCGUCGAGAAAAAAAGUUCGAUGAAAAAAGUAAAGAAAUAACAGCUGAUCAAAUUCGUCCAUUAUCCGGUGAAUUAUCUAAGGAAGCAAUUCUUAAAUUACGAGCUAAAAUUCGUGCAACAGCUCGUGAUAAAAUUGUUGAUUUAAAAGAAAAUGAAGAUACACCAGAACCAAGUACAGAACCAUUACCAAUUACAGCUGAUACAUUUGAAAUUAUGAAACGUGAACGAACAUGGAGAAAUCGUACAACAGUUUUACAAAGUUCAAAUAAAAAUUUUGCAAAAAAUAUUCUUUUAAUAUUAAAUUCUAUUAAAGCAAAAGAAGAAAGUGAACAAAAACAAGAAGCACUUGCUGCACAGCGAUCACCUGUUCGUGAUACAACAACUCGUGCACCAGUUGAAGGUUAUUCUCGAUAUAAUCAAGAAAAAUUUGUUCCAAGAGAUGAUUCGGAAUUUAAAAUUGAUACACAUGCUUCAUAUCAUGGUUUAACAUUAAAAACAGUCACAGAAGGUGCAACACCAAAUAAACCUCUUACACCAGCAAAUCCUUCAAUACCUAAACCUAUUGUUCCUGCAAAUGAUAAAUUAAAUACUUCAAAUACUGAUACAUCAAAACGUCCAUCACGCACACCAAUUAUUAUUAUUCCACCAGCAUUAACAUCAUUAAUAACAAGAUAUAAUUGUAAAGAAUUACUUGAAGAUUUAAAAUAUAUAUCAACAGAAGAAGGUAAAGCAAGUGGUACUAAACGUGAUGGUGAUAUAUUAAUACAACGUAAAAAAGGAAAUUUAACAGUACCAUAUCGAAUAACUGAUGAUCCUCUUCGAUUAACAAAACAAGAUUGGGAAGAACGUGUUGUUGCUGUAUUUGCACAAGGACCUGCUUGGCAAUUUAAAGGCUGGCCAUGGUCAGGAAAUCCGGUGGAAAUUUUUCAAAAAAUUAAAGCAUAUCAUAUUAAAUGGGCUCAAUUAAAAACUGAUGCAAAUAUAGCGAAAUGGUGUGUACAUUUAAUUGAAUUAGAUCAAAAUAAACGUCAUUUGGAUUGUGCUCGUAUUCGAACAUUUUGGGAUUCACUUGAUCAAUUCAUUGCUAAACAUAGAUCAACGUUGAGGUAUUAA